AUGGCUGUUGGUUACCAGAUCUGGCUCUAUCUUAGCUUACUAGUUUUGGUACUUUUGCUUGUUUUGGGAUUCUUGACCGUUCUUUCUUACCAAAAGAAGAAAAAGGAAAUCAACAACCCUACCUCUGCUUCUGAUUCCUCUUCUUCUUCUUCUGAAUCCUCCCCUUCUGAAGAGGAAGAAGAAAAGUAUGACAUAUUUCUUAGUUUCAGAGGUGAGGACACUCGUUGUGGUUUUAUUGGACAUCUUUAUGAUGCUUUGUGUAAAAAAAGUAUCCACACCUACAUGGAUGAGCAAACUCUUGAAAGUGGUCAUGAAAUUUCACCGACGCUUAUGAAGGCGAUUGAGGAAUCAAAGAUUUGCAUAAUAGUUUUGUCCCAAAACUUUGCAUCUUCUACAUGGUGUUUAGAUGAAUUAGUACAUAUACUUAAAUGCAAGAGAAAUGAGAAUGUCAUACCCAUCUUUUAUGGCAUAGAUCCAUCCAUUGUACGGAAACAGAAAGAUAGUUAUGCGAAAGCAUUCGCUGAUCAUGAACGUCGUUUUAGAGACAACAAAAAAUGGAGAAGGUAUGAGUGCAAGCUAGUUGAAGAAGUUGUUGGAGACAUUUUAUUGAGAUUGGCUAAAUACCAAUUAACAAAUUAUGGGAACCUCAUUGGAAUUGAAGAGCCUGUCAAGGAAAUUGAAUCAUUAUUAAGCAUUGGCAAAAUGGAUGGUGAAAUGGAUGCUCGCAUCAUAGGUAUUUGGGGUAUGGGCGGUAUCGGUAAGACCACCCUUGCCAGCAUUGUAUUUCAAAGAUGUUCAUAUUCUCGUUUUGAUGGUUAUUGCUUUCUUGAGGAUAUUCCAGAAGAAACUGAUAAUAUAUAUCAUAUGAGACGUAGAAUUCUUUUUGAGUUGUUAAAGGAUGCAAAUCUCCUAUGCACAGACACUCCAGGUGUAGGGUCAAGAUUUAUUUAA